CCGGCACGUGCGGCGUGUUGUGGCUGUCGGCGCCAUGGCGGUGCCGGAGGUGCUGCGGCAGCUGAGCCGCCGAGCCUGGGAGCCCGCGCUGGCCCGGGCGCACCGCGCCGCCGUGCUCAUGGACGCGCCCUCCGCCGAGGCGCUGCACUGGGCCGGCGGGGCGGGCGAGCUGCUGGCGGCCGGGGCGCUGGCUGUCAGCGCGCUGUCCGCCGAGGCGGCGGUGCCGGCGGGGGCGGCCCGCGUCGUGUUCGUGGUGAGCGGGACGCUGCGGGGCGGCGCGGCGGCCGCGGUGCGCGGCGCGCUGGAGCGGGGCGCCGUGCGGCGCUGCGUGCUGCUGUGCGGAGACGAGGCGGAGGGCGGCGGGGCGGCGGAGCUGGAGGAGACCUUGCGGCGGUGGAUGGGCGAGGGCGGCUGCGCCGAGGUGGUGCUGCGGGGCCCGCCGCUCCUGGCGCCCGUCUCGGCGGAGCUGUGCCUGCUGCCCGCCCUGGCAGCGCUCCUCCCGCCGCUGCGCGGCCCCGGCGGCCCCGGCUCCGCUGAGGUCGGGCUGGGUGCGCUGUCUGCUGAGCUGCGGGCGGCGGUGCGGGCCCUGGUGGGCGAGCUGGACUCUCUCUUCGCCGCCCUGGGCCUGCGGGAGGAGAGCUUCGCUGUGGGGGCCCUCAGCAGGGUCGUCGCCGCUGAGCUGGCAAGCUACGCCUCAGCCAGAAACAGGAGGAGGACAGCCACCAACAAGGCCUCUGUCAUCUUCGUGGACAGGACGUUGGACCUCGCUGGAGCAGUUGGUCAUCAUGGCGACAAUCUUGCAGAGAAGAUUCUUUCUGUGCUUCCUAAACUUCCUGGCCACAAGACUGAUGUAAUGGUUAACAUGGUGGAACUUACAGCUCUGCAGACUACAGAUGAAACUUGCAGUAUUAUAGCACCUGGCUGCUUAGCACAACCAAAUGAUCCAGCUGCCAAAGCUCUGUGGGAGUCCUUCAUGAACCUCAAACAAAAGGAAGCUGUGAUGGAGGCCAGGAGACACCUUGUGGAGGCUGCAAGCAGAGAAAAUUUACCUAUUAAGAUGAGCAUGGGCAGAGUCACCCCUGAACAGCUCAGCUCAUACAUACAGCUUUUCCGAAACAAUCUCAAAGCUUUGGAGAACCACUGUGGUCUUCUACAGCUUGUGCUGGCCACAGUCCAGACUUUGAAACACCCCCAGACUUCCAAAUGGGACAAUUUCCUUGCCUUUGAGAGAUUACUUCUGCAGACUAUUGGCGAGUCAGAAAUGCCCAGUGUUUUGAACCAGUUAUUGCCAAUGAUCAAGUCUUACAACGAAAGGACAAAAGAUGAUUAUGCCUGUGAGGACUUCCUUGUUUUGCUGAUAUACAUAUAUUCUGUGGUUGGAGAAAUCAAAUGUGGAAAAGAGCUUGACACAGCUGAAGAAAAGGUGAAAAGGGCCCUUGUCAAGGCAAUUUGUGAUGAGCCAGAGCCUUCUCCUUUGUUGCAGAAAAUUACAGGCUGUGACUCAUCACUGAACCUGACAUCUCAGAAAGCCACAGAUGCAGUGGACGGCAUCUUCCAGUCCCUCAGGGAUAUUGCCAGAGUCAGAAUGCACAUGAAACAGUUCCAUUCCAUACAUAAUCCAGGCAGCAACACCCACCAGGCUUCUUACAAACCUCUGCUGAAACAGGUGGUGGAAGAGGUCUGUAACCCCGAUCGGCCCGAUCCUGUUGAUAUUGAGCAUAUUUCAUCAGGCCUCACUGAUCUCCUUAAAACUGGAUUCAGCAUGUUCAUGAAGGUGAAUCGCCCUCAUCCUGGUGAUCAUCCUCUUCUGAUCAUCUUUAUGGUUGGAGGAGUGUCAGUCUCCGAGGUCAAAAUGGUGAAGGAUUUGGUAGCAACACGCAAACCUGGUACCCAGGUAAUUGUGCUCUCCUCUGUACUCCUGACACCACACAGUGCUGUUGAGUUGUUGUUUGCCUCAGACUGUCUCCAGCCUGACGCUCGUAUCUGACAGGGGAGGCUGUGGAGAAGAUGAGUGCCUUGCCUGGAAACAUCAAAUCCCUGCUCUGUCACUCUUCUCAAUAGCCCUCCAAAAACUGACGUCAACUGCUGCAAUUCCAGGUGAAUCUGGCUGCAAGGGAACACCUGCAGCUCAUGGGCAGCUCUUCCAAAUGGUCCCAUUGUCUGACCAAACCUCCCCUCCUUGACGAUGGCACUGUGCAGUGCUGCAUCACUCCCAGCCUCACUCAGCGUGGUGAGGGUGAUUGUUAGUAAUAAUUCCCUAGCAAAGGAGCAGCUGAGAGCCAGGUGAUGCAUAAUUUGCACCCCCUAAGCAGAAUCAUUUCUUCUGAUGGUUUUGCUGGGCUUGCUGGUGGGAAAUGUUGCUGAGGGAGUGAGAGGCUAGCAAAAUCCACCCUCUGUCAUGCAACUUUGCAAAAUGUGUGCCUUAUACAAUGUUGACAGCCUCUGCUCUUACUUUGUCCCUCACUCCAGAGAGAUCAUGGAACACAGCCCUGAUUUAGCUGGCACAGCAGCUCCCAGCCUGGCGAUGCUCUUUCAGCAGGACUGGUAGAGGCAGGGAAGCAGAGCCAGACUCAAGGGCUGGGUUACAUGGCUGCUUCCCUCUCAGCUUUCCAUUUCCUGCUCUAGUUUCUCCACCCACAGUCCCAGAAGAAAAGACAGGCCAUAUGGGCUGUGAUGGUUUGAUGAUAACCCCAAAAGAAUCCUCCCCUCACAUGCAUUUAAAAAAGAAAGAAAAAAAAAAAAAAGGGCAUGAUCCCAUUUUCAAGAGGCUGCAGCACAGAUUCUUUCUUGAGCUAGAUUUCUGAAGAGCAUGAUUAGAAAACAGCUAUUAUUUUUAAUUUAUGAUCAUGAAAUAGCUGCAAUCAAAUUCAGUUAUGUAAUUUUUCUUUAUAAAACUUUGCUAAAAAUCUGUGAUGAAAGACCAGCAGCCAGUAGAGAUUUUAAUUGCAUAUAGCACCAAGAUUUCCAAAUUGCAACAUGAAAUGGUGGAGCUCUAAAGCUGCAUCCUCUUACUUCAUCCAAGUAAUGCUACAACUACAGCUUAUGCUGAGAUGAGAAUGUGAAAUUAAGUGAUAUUCACUCUACCAUAGCAUUCUUUAUUAUGCCAAAGGAGUAGAUUAAAUGGGAAGUAGUUUUUUAAAUUUUGUUCACUAGCUAGCAUUAGUUCUCCUAAAUGUUUAUAAUGGUCUUCAGAAAAGGGUGCAUUUUGGUUUAAGUUCAGUUUUGAGUGGCUGGAAGGAAACAAUGGACUGCUUAUAAAGCAUGGACAAUGUCGCCUCUAUGGAGGAGAAAUUUAUAAGAAGGACUAUAGAAUGGAACUUUGUGCUAUAAAAAAUGAGAAAUGCUAUGAGAUUGCAAUAUUAAAAGCUCAAGGAAUAGUUUGAAUAGAGCAACUGGAAAGCAAGUAGCUGGUCUCCUGGUUUUUCUGUCAUUCUGUACUGUUCAAUCUUUCUUAGGAUAUGGUUGUUUCAGAAAUUCUGUAAUCAAUAAAAGUGCAUAUUCCUGCAGUUCCUUUUACUUUUGCAUUAUUUGACUGCCCCUAGGAAUCUAAACCAUCUGUCUUGGUCUUAGAGCAUUUCCUAAACUGUGCUUAUAGCAGAAAGGCUUGCCUAUGUUCAGUGGCCAUUGCUGAGCUCAGGUACUCACACCUCCGAGAUGCUGCUGCUUUCCUGAGCUGAUGAAGGAUGCUGGUGCUGGUUGACAGUGUGGUCACUCCCUCACCUCUCUUCCAUCAAAUGCCCUCAGGUCUCUGACCUGGCCAUCUAAAGCCCUACUGUAUUGAGAAGGCAGGGGUGAGUCUAGGCAGACACCGGUGAUCGUGCACUUCCUCUGGGUCAAGUAGCUCCUUUGGCUGAGACAGACACCAGCUUUCCAGGCCCACACACACUUUGGAGGAAUCUUCUCAGCCUGUGGGGCCACAGCUGUGGUAAUUGAUGCUACUUAUGGACCAAAAGUACAGUGGAGUCUUUCCAGUGGCCCUAGUGCAAUAGUAAGCUUAUUUGUAGGAAAUAGCUGUAGUAGCUACACGGACCCUGUGCUUGGGGAAAAGGUCAAGGGAUGAGGGAUGGCCUGCAGUCCCAUGUGAGUAGAAACAGUACAGAAGAAAGUUGCAUUGGCAGGUGCAAGACCAUAUCAAAGAGUGUCCAAGUCCUCUGCCUGCAACACCAAGCAAUACUCAGAGGGCAAAAAGAAGAGAAAAUAUAAAGCUACUCUUGGGAAAUUUAUUUACUUCUCUCUUAAUAAGCUAAGCACUAUUUGGUAUAAGCUCAGAGUGGAAGGGGAAACUCAAGUUUUGUUUGCAACUCCAAUCCUAAAUCACUUGGCUAGUAACUCGUGGUGCAGAAGAUUAUCAUCAGUGGGACCCUGUCAGAGUUUCCCUGCAUCACUUACUGCAGCUGUGUGCUAACAAGGUGAGCCUGUACAGCCAUCAGCCUAGCACCAGCACAAACAUCCUCCUCAGGAAGGCUUUUAGUAAAGCUACUUUAAACAUGAAAAAGGUAGUCCUCCAAUUGGAUUAAGUUCUUCAUGGUGAUACAGCUCUCAAAACAUAAAUACUUUUUUUAAAGAAAGUGGCAAUCACAUAGAGUUCAUGUUCUUCUAGGUUUUGACCUACCUCAGGCUAUUCCUUUCUCACUAAAGACCAAAGUAUUUUUGACAAGUGGAAAUGAAGAAUCCCAUUUUAAUUUGAAAGGUCUUUGCCUUAUUCAGUUCCUCUCCUACAAGAAUUUCUUAAAAGGAAGUUGUAAAGCACUUGUGAGAGAAAAACCCCUGUGGUUUAUGCUAAUAAAGCAACAGCACAGGCAGGAAAGGACACCUUGCUGUUUCUGCAGUAUAUGUUAACUACCUUAAGAAAGCUAUUACUUUGUCUCAACAUUUCACUGGUUGUUACUCCUUGUUUCUCACCCCCAAAGAACACACAAGGAAACAUGCAAUUCAAAAAUUUAAUGUUGUAACCAGGCAGUACGAAUGAAAAGUCCACUCCCUAGGAGGAGUAACUGUACACAAAAUAAAUAAGUUACAGUUUAAACAAAAGCACAACUGGCUUUUUAAAGUGCAUGUGUAUAAGGCCCUUAGGCUCUGAACUCCAUUGGUUCAAUAUUAAAAAAAUUAAGUAUUUAUAUAAAAUCUGCCAUAUGUUUAAGAAUGAAGAGGGCCUGGCUCAGCUCAGAGCAAGCCAUCAGCUUCAUUGCCUGGAGCCAGCCACACUUCACACCUUUUGUUCUUUUUGCACCUACAGCACACAAGAGAGAAAAAAAAAGGAGGUCUUAAAGGGCAUCCGUAUUAGACUAUCACUCCACACACAUUUCUCAGAAGCUCCAUGUUGGAUCAUUUAGUCUGGAAAGUACAUUUUAAAACAGUAGAAGAGUUGUUUGUAAUUAGAUAUGUUUACACCCUGUGGACAAUAGCUUUGCAUACAAAGAGUAAAGUCAAGUUGUCAGCAAUAACACGGCUAGUAAAAAAUAAAGACCAUUGUUUACAGUCUUGAUGCUCAGUCCUGUCCACUUAUUUUACACUUAUUUUUACAGAACCAUUUGAUGUUUGCUUG